AAAAGUGUCCAUUACUGCCAAAGGUAGAAGUCUUCCUCCGCCUGCGUGUCUCUUCUCUAAGCAAAACCCACCCCCAGCCUCUAAAGGCCAACCAAACCAUCCUUCCGCUACCCUCCACGAACCCAGAGCAAGCACCCCUCAAUAGUGCACUACUCAACACGCACCCAUUUAGCCAGAAUUCAAAGAAAACUACAAAUUUCUCACCCUUCUCAAUUCCAAGUUCCAGUCUGUCUUUGAGCACCAUGGAUUCUCACAUCUAUGGUGUCUCCGAGAAAACCAUUCUUCUCUUUACUCUUCUUUGUUUUUCCGUUGCCUCCAUUUCUGCAUUGCCCCAUCAGAAUAGAACUGGCAAUAGUACGGUUACGGGUCAGAUGAUAAACUCCAACUCGGUUCUUGUUGCCCUCCUUGACUCGCAUUACACUGAGUUAGCUGAGCUCGUUGAGAAGGCUCUCCUUCUGCAAACCCUUGAAGAAGCUGUUGGCAAACACAACAUCACCAUCUUUGCACCAAAAAAUGAAGCUUUAGAGCGUCAACUUGACCCCGAAUUCAAACGGUUUUUACUUGAACCCGGUAAUCUCAAAUCUCUCCAAACCCUUUUGUUGUUCCACAUUAUCCCCCAACGGGUCGGAUCCAAUGACUGGCCGGGUCAUAAAUCAAACCCCACCAGGCACACCACUCUCUGCAACGACCAUCUGCACUUAAUCACCAAGAAUUCGGGCAAAAAGCUUGUCGGAGCCGCCGUGUUGACCCGACCGGAUGAUGUGACCCGUCCCGAUGGAGUAAUCCACGGUAUUGAACGCCUCCUAGUUCCACAAUCAGUACAGGAAGACUUCAACAGGAGAAGAAAUCUGAGAUCCAUAUCAGCUGUUUUGCCAGAAGGAGCACCGGAAGUUGACCCCAGAACCCAUAGAUUGAAAAAACCCGAACCACCAGUUCGGGCCGGGUCACCACCGGCUUUGCCCGUUUAUGAUGCCAUGUCUCCUGGGCCAUCACUGGCUCCCGCACCAGCUCCAGGACCCGGCGGGCCUCACCACCAUUUCGAUGGAGAAAGCCAAGUCAAAGACUUCAUACAGACGUUACUACACUAUGGUGGCUACAAUGAGAUGGCUGAUAUUUUAGUGAACUUAACCUCAUUAGCCACUGAAAUGGGCAGGCUGGUAUCUGAAGGUUACGUGCUGACAGUUUUGGCACCGAAUGACGAAGCCAUGGCUAAGCUAACAACAGACCAGUUGAGCGAGCCAGGGGCACCAGAGCAGAUAAUCUAUUACCACAUAAUUCCCGAGUACCAAACUGAAGAGAGCAUGUAUAAUGCUGUUAGGAGGUUUGGGAAAAUUGGGUAUGAUACACUGAGGUUGCCACAUAAAGUUGUGGCUCAAGAAGCUGACGGGUCGGUUAAGUUCGGGUCGGGUGAUGGGUCGGCCUAUUUGUUUGACCCGGACAUCUAUACAGCUGGUAGGAUUUCAGUUCAAGGGGUUGAUGGGGUUUUGUUUCCUGAAGUUGAGAAAGAAAGUACUUCUGUUAAGAAAUCCGUUAGCUCUGUUAAGGUUGCCACUACCACGCCAAGAAGAGGUAAGUUAAUGGAAGUAGCUUGUAGAAUGCUCGGAAGUCUUGGGCAGGAUUCGCAUUUCACCACAUGCCAAUGAACAUACACAGCUAAAUUCUCAAAGAGAGUGAAAAUGGAACCAUGAAAACAAUAGAGAAAAGUUGCAGGAAAGGCCUUUGUGAAAUACAAACACAAUGGGAGAGAUGAGAUUGCACUGUGUGAUUUCCUCUGAAUAAAUCCCACCACCCAUAACAGAGUUUGUUGGUGUUUUGUUAUAAAUACUGUAAUUACACACCAUUUUUUAAUUAUUUUUCAUGUAUGAACAAACUUGGAAAGCUACCCUCUCUCUCUCUCUCUCUCUCUCAUUUUUUGUCAUUUUUGUUUUUUAUAAUGGGCUGUCCUCUUUUUGCCCGCAUAUGAUCCACCGCUCGUGAAUCAACUUGAAACUUUCCAAUUAUUGUAGUUUGGGGAAGAAGACCUGUUUUUGUUCUCGAGAUUUUGUUUGAUAAAUAAAAUGUUAAUUGCGGUGA